GACAACGUAUGGAUAGACGUUUCUCUAGCUUUAAAUGUUAAAUUAGCAGCAGUAGUUAUUAAUAUCCGUCUCAGAUAGUAAAACAAAGAACUAAAGAAUGACGAAUGACAUGUCACUGGCAAUAAUACGGCAAAUGGCUAAGUAACUUACAGAAAAAUGCAUUUGUCACUAUAUUUAUGCCAUCAACAUCAUAGUGAAUAAUACCCUGUAGUAAUUUAUUCGAUUCCAAAUUGGCUGAUGACAUUUUCUUCACCCUCAAUCUUGCUCUAUUAUCGGGUUAAUCGCGCUGCGAUCAAUGCACGUGCAAAGUAAUUACAGCAAUUACGCGCCAAUUUGCAUUUCGAACACAGUGCGCACGGUAAUCAUUUAGCUGAUAGCGAUACUGUAAACAGCCGCUUUUAAUGUCUCUCCUCGAAGCAUUCUGACGCUGUACCCGAAGAGGACCUCAAGUUUCGCCGAAGCGUCUGGGAAGACAGACUCUUUUUUUCUUUAUUUUUAUGACGUAACGUAAUUUGGAGAAACUGGCGGAUGCGUUUGGGGUUUGAAGGUGUCCACUUGGGAAGUUUGCGAUCUGCCUCUGUGUGAACGUCAGUAUGUGUAUCUGGUGGUGCAAUCGAAAGCAGCUCAACUUCAAGGAGCAGAUAUAUUAUUUGAUCCCGCUAAUUGCCAAUGUAAGUGAACUUUAAGCACCGGACACUAGCCGAGGAGGUUUUACCAUUCCCGUUGGACUAUAACCUCGACUACUCACCACUGUUUUAAUUGAGCCUGGAAGAAAAGACUGCAGCUGUGUCACUUUUUUCUUCUUAGAAGCGUCUCCGUGCAGUGUGCCACAUUCAACACGGAGUCAAUCUCACCUAAAACAUGUUCACCAAAUUGUUCCUCUACUUCUUACUUCUGUCAGUGUUUCGUGCAUGUUCUCAAACAGCCGCUUCUGAGGAUGAUGAGUAUGACGAUGUUACUGUGAAUCAAAUGUUGGCCCCCAAAACCCACGAGACGGAUGCAACGCAAAUACUAAACAACCUACUAAAGGAGUAUGACAAAAAGCUGCGGCCAGAUAUCGGAGUUAAACCGACAGUCAUUGAUGUUGAUAUCUUCGUAAAUAGUAUUGGACCUGUGUCAUCAAUAAAUAUG